GUGUCACAUGACAGAGGAGAUGGUUACUUUGCGGCUGGUGAUGUGACAAGGCGAACCCAUUCUGCUGCUGCUGCUGCUAGCAUUGGUUAGCAAGUUUGUUGACUUUCGCAAUUCGUCGUUCCUCUUCAAAAUCAGAGCAGUGACACGAAAAUGGACAACAGCGGGAAAGAAAAGGAAGCGAUGGCUUUAAUAGCUGAGGCUGAAAAGAAAAUGAAGUCAUCGCAGUCGUUUUUUGGAGCGCUGUUUGGGGGUUCCUCCAAGAUGGAAGAGGCCUGCGACAUGUAUGUGAGGGCUGCAAACAUGUACAAGAUGGCCAAAAACUGGAGCGCUGCGGGAAAUGCGUUCACCCAAGCUGCUCGUCUUCACCUUCAGAUGCAGAGCAAACACGAUGCUGCAACUAACUUCAUAGAUGCAGGAAACGCCUUCAAAAAAGCAGAUCCACAAGAGGCCAUAAACUGCCUAAACCGAGCUAUUGAGAUAUACACCGACAUGGGGCGCUUCACCAUCGCAGCCAAACAUCACAUUAGCAUUGCGGAAAUAUAUGAGACAGAGCUGGUGGACAUUGACAAGGCCAUUGCACAUUAUGAGCAGGCAGGGGAUUAUUACAAAGGUGAAGAAUCCACCAGUUCAGCCAACAAGUGCCUUCUGAAAGUAGCAACCUACGCCGCUCAGCUGGAGCAGUACCCAAAAGCGAUUGAGAUCUAUGAACAGGUUGGCACUCACGCAAUGGACAGUACGCUCCUGAAAUACAGUGCCAAGGAUCACUUCUUCAAGGCGGCGCUCUGUCACUUCUGCGUAGACAUGCUGAACGCAAAACUCGCUGUGCAGAAGUAUGAGGAAAUGUUCCCGGCCUUUUCAGACUCUCGAGAAUGCAAGCUGUUGAAGAAACUUCUAGAUGCCUAUGAAGAACAGAAUGUGGAUGCCUACACUGACGCGGUGAAAGAAUACGACACCAUUUCACGGUUGGACCAGUGGCUCACCACCAUGCUCCUCCGCAUCAAGAAAACCAUACAGGACGACGAGAGCGACCUUCGCUGACUUCCCUCCCCGUGUCGCCUUCACUCCCUCAACAGCCGAUUCGCAUCCUUCUUUUUUGCCUUGAGCCUCUCACUUCCGUUCUUUCAGCGACCUUGACUUUCUGACCAUUAGCUCUUGUGUUCCUUCUCAGACAACUGUGUUCAUUUCCUACCAUCUGCAGUGUGUUUUCUCGCCUUUUUAAUUUGCUCACCUUUAUAAUCUAAAAAUUAUGGUCUUUAUAGGUAUGAACACUAUUUUCCUGAGUGCACACGGCACACAGUAUCUUAGUUGUAUGUUGUUAUAAUCCAGGUGUUGGCCCAGUGUUACUUAAAAUAUUCAUAACGGGCUGCAAUGCCAAAUACUCACACCAGCACACUUCUAUAAAAAGGUUUUAUUUGAUGUUUCUUGUUAUAAAAACGGAUGAGAGGAUGCCAGUUAACACUUUGAUCUACCAAAUCUAUUUUCGAAUAAAAUUAACUGACCAAAAUUUAGACUAAAUGCUAUAGAGUAUACAACGGAUCAUAUCAGGGCACCUCUAAUUAAACAGCACUUUCAUCUCGGCUGCAGAGCUCCUCUCCAAGCAGGCAGUGAACGCACCCUCUGCCUUAUUCUGCCACGCUUCCUCAGGAUGUGAACAGCUGGAUUUGACGAGGAAAAAAAAGGAAAAAUCAUGCUUUUAGAGGCGUUUAAUUUGCCAAUUGUUUUUGUCACUUCCAUAUGAAGUGCUUUUAUUCCACAGAAGGAGGUGAGAGAAGCCCGUCACCUUCAUGAACAUUUGCAUGGUUUUGGUAUGGAUGAGAAAACUAGAGCAGCCUGUUUUUUUGUCUUUUUUGUGUGUGUGUUUUGUUCUGUUUCCCUCAUGACAAGCCGGGCUGAAAAAACAUAAUCAUUUCUGCCAGGCCUGCUUCAGAUGCAAUACAUUGAUAAAAGGAGCUUUACUGAUCUGAACACUGUGCUCUUGUACCCUCCUGAUGAUCAUGUCGAGAGACGAUUGGUCUUAAAUCAUUUGUACGUCAGUGAUGUUUCCUGUCAAACGUUUGAAUAAACCUGUCUCAGACGCACA